AUGGAGCUCCUCUACGCGCAGGGCAUGCUCGACAACGCGCAGGGGCGGGAGAUCCGGAGCCCUGCGCUCAAGGAGAUGCUACCUCAAGCUGCAGCAGCUGGCCUACAGCGCCGACGACGUGCUCGACGAGCUCGAAGCAAUUACGCUCCUCCAACCCAAAACAGUGCUAUGGACCAUCCCAAAACCACUCCAGAAAUUAUAGAGCCUAAGUUAUAUGGGAGGGAAACUGAGAAAAAGAGUAUUAUAGACGGCAUUACCCACGAAAAAUAUUUUGCAGAUGACCUUGUGGUGCUUCCAAUUGUUGGUCCGGGGGGUAUUGGGAAGACAACUUUCACACAACACAUAUAUAAAGAAGUGAAGGGUCAUUUUGCAGUCACAAUUUGGGUACGUGUCUCCCUCAAUUUUAAUGCUAGUAGGUUGGCACAAGAAGCUGUGAAAAUAAUUCCUAAAGUUGAUGGUGAAAACACAAGUAGUAUUGAAGACAACUUUGAAGCAUGUGUAUUUGGUCACCAGGAGCCAUGGAAAGAUCAUUCUGAAUUACGUGAUGUUGGGGAAAAAAUAGUGAGCAAAUUGAAAGGUUUUCCUCUUGCGGCAAAAACUGUAGGAAGAUUACUAAGAAACCAACUUACUUUGGAACAUUGGAAUAGAGUUCUGGAAAGCAAAGAAUGGGAACUACAAACAAAUGAGAAUGAAAUUAUGCCAGCAUUGAAGCUUAGCUAUGAUUACCUUCCUUUCACUCUAAAGCAAUGCUUUUCCUAUUUUGCUUUGUUUCCUGAAGAUUAUGAAUUUCGUUAUGAUGAGCUAAUUCAUCUAUGGAUAGGACUAGACAUUUUACACUCGUGUGGUCAGAAUAAAAGAAUUGAAGAUAUAGGACAGGGCUAUUUGAUUGACUUGGUUAAUUAUGGAUUUCUUAUAAAGAAUCAGAAAGACAAUGGCACUCAUUGUUAUGUUGUAAAUGACCUACUACAUAAUUUAGCGGUGAAAGUUUCUUCACAUGAAUGUAUCAGCAUACAUAGUUCCAAUGUGAGGUCCAUUCAAAUCCCACCUUCUGUACGCCACUUGUCUAUCCUCAUUGACUACAAAGAAGUUGAGAGUAGGGUGAACUUUGAUGACUUCAAAAAGGAACUUAGAGAACUGGACAAAAGAUUGGAUGUUGAGAACUUGCGUACACUGAUGCUAUUUGGGAGCCACAAUGGAAGCUUUGCAUAG